GUUUGUAAAAUAGUAACGUUUCUACCAUUUAUAGAGUUAAGAAUGUUUAAUAAGGUUGUGUUCUAAGUUAGUGAGCUAAUGAUGUUAUGAAUUGUAUUUAUUUAUUUCUCCAAGGUGUAAAUAUAUAUUUAUUUAUAAGCUUUUAACAACCCAUUCAUAAUACAAGACAUCUUUACUUUAAUAAACAACAAAAAUUUAAUAAGGUCCCAAACAACGUCCGUUUAUCUUGAUCUUCAACUUUUUUUUUCCUCAUGUGCUAUAUUAAACUUUUUUUCCAUGAAAGGUUAAAGAUAUUUUUUGCAGAAGCGAAUGGUUACAGUACUGAAGCAACUCUAACAUUUUUUGUACAAGGUGAAAUAAUUAAAAUGUCUAAACACAUGUACUAACCACAGAGAAAAUGACCUUCUUGUCAAAAUACAACUUUUGGCAUGGCAAGGAACCAACAUCAAAAAUCAAUGUGGAAUGUUUUUUACCAAAUGGAAUAUGUGUAUCUCUUCCACUGAUCAAAGCAGACACAGUCCUAGCACGAAUUAAAGCAGUACUUUGGCAAGAAGCAGAGCGGUAUGCAUUGUUUCACUUACUAAAAACUCCAGAUCAUUACGUGUUUGAAGUGGUUAGUAAAGGCGGCACAGAGGAAUUGAUAGACGAGAAUGUCUCUUUGUUUGAUAUCAAACCCGUGCGACCAUACUUAAAAAUAGUUCCCAGACUUGGAGAUGACUUGGAAAAAGUUUUAAAUUCAAAAAUUAGCAUGCUAGUGGGUGGAACCAAAGGAACAGCAAAGAGCGAAGAGGUGAAUGAUUUCCGGAACCGUUAUUCAGAAUUUUGUAAAAACAUAUCUUCACAGAGAAGAAGUACAAGUUGGGAAAGAAGGGCCAUUUAUACAUAUCCUCCUGAGUAUGAUGAAGAAGAUCAACCAUCUGAGACGUUAAAGAAACGAUUAGUUUUUACAAACUGGCAUUUAAAAGUAUCUGUGAGUGUAGCUAAAACUAGUUUUACAUUCAACGUACCUUAUAAGACGUAUCCAAAAGAGUUACUAAAGAUGGCGCUUACCAAGAAAGAUAACACAUCAUCUAGAGCUUCAGUUGAAACCUACAAUGAUUACGUAUUACGUGUGCUGGGUCGGCUUAACUUUUUCCUAGGCUACGUUGUGCAAGUAGAUGGACAGGAGAUUUAUGGUGAAAAGUCUUUAUUUCAGUACAAGUACAUCCAACAAUGUUUGCUAUGGAACAAACCAAUAAAACUGCAACUUGUCAGAAAAACUGAUAUGGCUGUUGAACCCUUUGCGAUAGGAAGAACACCAGUUCGACCACCAGUCAUCCCACCCAAGAAACAGAGAUCAAUUUCUUUGUGGAACCUCAGCCCAUCCACCAAAUUCAAGAUCAAAAUCAUUUGUGCCUUAAAUGUGAACAGUCCAGCAAUGAUGAAAGAGGUGGUAUGCGGUAUUUAUCAUGGUACGGAAGAGAUGUGCGAACAAAGAAAAACAUCUGUACAAUCUGGUGUAAAUCCACAAUGGAAAGAAUUUUUAGAAUUUGACAUACCUGUAACUGAACUACCAAGAAUGGCCAAACUAUGUUUUAGCAUAGUCGGAAGGAAAAGAGGACAAGCAAAAAAGACGAUUAUUGCCUGGGUAAAUGUAACGGCUAUGGAUUUUAAAAGUUGUCUUCGAUCAGGAAUGGCGCGCUUGUAUUGUUGGUUCAAUUAUGGAAAACUUGACUCUGAAAUUGGUUUAUUAAAUCCUCUUGGGACUGUAGCAUCUAGCGAAAACGAAGGAGGACCCUGUAUUGUUAUUAACUGCAUGAAGUUCAGCAAUCAGGUGGCGUAUCCUAUGGAGGAAGAAAUCAUUGAGUUAGCCCAAUGCGCUGCUGCAAGAGCAAAUGUGAAAAAUGCAACAGCGUCGAGACAGCAAUUGUCUCAUAUUGAGGAAAUUAUCAAGAAAGAUAUAUUAGCAUCCCUGUUUGAUGAGGAAAAAGAAUUAUUGUGGCAAUUCAGAAAUAUAUGCCGAAGCGAUUAUCCAGAAUCUUUGCCAAAACUAUUACAAAGUGUAAAGUGGAACAGAAAAGAAGAAGUUGCCCAGUUGUACGUCCUUCUACAAAAUUGGAAGAUACAAGCAUUGCAAGUCGAAACAGCAUUGGACUUGCUUGAUUACAGAUUUCCUGAUGACAAAGUGCGAGAACUUGCAGUGCGUGUGCUCGAAAACUUAAGCGACGGAGAAUUGGAAAUGUACUUGUUGCAGCUGGUGCAGGCGUUGAAAUAUGAACCAUAUUUGCAUUCACCACUGGGACGAUUUCUACUUGGCAGAGCAUUGAAUAAUAAAAGAAUUGGUCAUUAUUUAUUUUGGCAUUUAAAGGCUGAGUUGAGAAACCAUGAUUGUUCACUACUGUUUGGCCUUUUACUAGAGUUCUAUUGCAUUGGAGCAGCCAGUCAUAUAGAUACUUUAUUGAGACAGAUGGAAGCGAUCAAUAAGUUAAAAACUAUAACGGAAAUUCUUCAAGCCAACAAAGACGACGCGAAACAAAGGGACAAUCAAUUGCGCAAUCUCUUUAACCAACCAGCUUAUGUAAAAGCAUUCUCGGGUGUAAUAUCACCUUUGGAUCCUAGCAUGCACCUAAAAAAGCUUAAAGUGGAAAAAUGCAAGCAUAUGGAUUCAGCAAAGAAACCAUUAUGGUUAGUCUUUGAAAACAUGGAUGAGGGUGCAGAAGAUAUUUACAUCAUCUUUAAAAAUGGUGACGAUCUACGCCAAGACAUGUUGACUCUACUAUCGCUUCGAUUAAUGGAGAAUGUUUGGAGAAAAUCCAAUCUGGAUUAUGGUUUGAUUCCUUACAAAUGUCUCUCAACUGGAUAUCAGAUCGGCAUGAUUGAAGUGGUGACGCAGUCCGAAACGCUUGCACGCAUUCAAGCAAGACAUGGAAGGUUUGGUGUUUUGUCCAACUCAACUUUGUACACAUGGAUUUCAAAUAAAUGCAAUAAUGAAGAAACUCUGGCAGACUGUGUUUCCAACUUUACUCAAUCUCUCAUUGGUUACAGUAUUGCAACAUAUGCGUUAGGCAUUGGUGAUCGGCAUAAUGAUAAUGUCAUGAUGAAGUACGACACAGGCCAGUUAUUCCACAUUGAUUUUGGACACUUCUUGGGCAAUUUUAAGACAAAGUUUGGCGUCCGUAGAGAAAGGGUGAAGUUUUUACUACCAGAUGAAUUUAUUUACAUUAUCGAGAGAACUAAUAAAAAUAUAUCGAGAAGGGAAAAUUUUGACAAUUUUCGAAAAAUGUGUAUAGAAGCUUUUAAAACGUUACGAAGUCAUGGAAAUCUAAUCAUAACAGUCUUUGCAAUGUUAUUAUCAACCGGUAUUCCCGAAUUAAAGCAACCGGAAGAUUUGGAUUACAUCAGGGACUCCUUGGCUUUGCAAAAAGACGAAGCGGAUGCGAUUGAGCAUUUUUCGGCAGCAUUUAAAGAAGCAUACGAUAGGAGGGGUUCGACUAGCGUCAUGUGGAUGAUUCACUCGAUGAGACAUCACUGGAUAUAAACAAAACUUAUCUCCACAAUAGGAGUCAACUUGGACACAAGCCAUAUGCAAUACAAUGUAACAUAGGAUUUUAGUUGGCAUUUUUCUUAAACCAUUUUUGUUCGUUUGAUUCAGACUUGAUAAUUUGAAAAAAACAACAGAUUUUUGGCAUUUUUAUAUUUGUAUAUUAUCGCUUCUCUGCGAAACAAAGUCAGAUAUAAUAUUAACAAAAAAUAAUGAAAUUUUAAAAAAGCUUUCUUUUUGUAAACGCCGCAAAUAAAUCAAUAUUUUAGGAUUAAAUAUAAGUGAAAGCAUAUAUUUUGAAGAUUGAAUCAAACUCAAAACAGUAUGUGAAAAUGUUUAUAGUUACAAAAAAAAUAUUGUGUUAAUGUUGAAGUUUUUCUAUCCCUGUUCUAUAAGACAGAAGGCUUAACAAAUCGGACAGCAGAGAAAGUUAUUUUGCUAGCUAGAAGAAACGAUUUGAUAGUGUGAUAACGGAGAAUAUGGUCUACAAUCCGAGACAAUAAUAGUGACAAUUCUCUCAAAAUAUUUUCCUCUCCUCCCUACCCUGUAUCAGUGUUGCUUCUAUGUGUCAGGUACAAACAAGGUUUAUCAACACUGAUUUUCCACUUAUUUUGUCUAUAAUUAAAAUCCACUUGUGCAGAUUUUACAGAAACUUGAUCUAUGCAGCAGUAUCAACUUUGUAUAUUGUUCUACAAAAAAAUUAUCUAUGUAGAAAGAAAAUUUAUGUAUUUUUAUAUUAGAAUUAUUUACCCAGGAUAA